CUGUUUUCUCCUCCCCUCUCAUCCUCCCAACAGCAAGUCGCAGCCAGCCCAGCCUCUGCUUCUUCCAGCAACACAGGGCCUGGCAAGGAGGAGAGGGGACCACACUGAACCCACCCCCCACACACACACACAGGAUGGGAGAGGGGGGUGAAGAGCCCCAGGAGCUGCCGAAAGAGCAGAGCACCAACUAAAAUGAAGAUGAGACCUUUCUCUGUCUCCAAGAGCUCAGUAGGGAGCUCCUCCCUUCUUGGUUACACCAUAAUCUUCAUUUCUCUUCUUGUUCACAAGUUGGACUCAGCACACUUUUCAGUGAUUGGACCCGAUCACCCUAUCACCGCUUCUGUAGGUGAUGAAGUCAUAUUAGCCUGUCGCCUGUCACCCAGCAUGAGUGCUAAGAACAUGGAGGUGCGAUGGUACCGGGCUCAGUUUUCUUCAGUUGUGCACCUGUACCGUGAAGGGAAGAAUCAGUAUACGGAGCAGAUGUCAGAAUAUCGGGGAAGGACAGAGUUUCUGAAAGACGGCCUGGCUGACGGAAGAGUUGCCUUGAGGAUAGGCAAUAUCAGACUCUCUGAUUCAGGGCUGUACAAGUGUUUCUUUCAAUCGGAGUUCUCAUAUCAAGAAGCUGCAUUGGAACUACAGGUAUCAGUUUCAGGUACUAAUCCCCUGAUCUCUAUUGAGGGUUACCAGGACGGAGGUAUCCGAAUGGUGUGUCGAUCGGGUGGAUGGUAUCCAGAGCCUCAGUCGUUGUGGAAGGAACUCCAAGGACAGCCUCUCCCAUCAUUGCCUGCAAAAUACUUCCGUGAUGAGAAUGGCCUGUUUCAGACUGAAUCUGUACUUAUUGUAACAGAAAAUUCCAACCGGAAUCUGACCUGCACAAUCAGAAACAACAUCCUGAACCAAGAAGAAGUAUCAAGCAUUUAUAUAGCAGAUUCUUUUUUCCCGAAGGUCUCCCACGUGACAGUGAUUCUCCUGUCACUAAACCUGUUGGUUUUGGGUUUUUUCAUUCCUUUGCCUAUUUACUAUUUAUGGAAGCAAUACAAAGAAAAAGAUUCUCUGCACUCUAAAUUGAAAGUCUUUGAAGAAAAACUACGAUUUCAAGUGGAGAAAGAGAAAGAAAAAUAUCUUUCAGGAUUUGUGCUCAGAAAAGCCCGAAGAUUUGCAGUGAAUGUGACUCUGGAUCGAGAAACAGCACAUCCUGAACUCUGGGUCUCAGAGGACCUCAAAAGUGUGAAAUGUGCAGACAUAACGGAGGAACAACCUGAAGAUCUGGACAUUGUUGAUUCUUAUCGCUGUGUCCUGGGCUAUGAGAGAUUUAACUCUGGGAGACAUUAUUGGGAAGUGGAGCUUAAGAACAAGACUAUGUGGCACUUGGGGGUUUGUGCUGACUCAGAAAACAGGGAGAGGUACAAAAGUAUAGCACCUGAAGGUGGAUACUGGGCCAUAAGAUUGUGGAAUGGAGAAUGCAAAGCCCUCUCCACUCCUCGGACAACAAUCACCUUGGAAAUGAGACCCACAAGGGUUGGGAUUUUUCUGGACUAUGAAGCAGCAGAGCUCUCAUUUUACAAUUUGUCUGAUGACUCCCAUAUCUACACUUUCAAAUAUAUCUUCCCUGGGACACUCCGGCCUUUCUUCAGUCCAGGUGUAUAUGGAUCUAAAGAGGCUGCUCCCCUGACCAUCUACCCAGUUAUAGACUGGCAAUGAAGGACACAUUGUCAUUCACAACUACUAUUACAAUUUUCUAGCUAUGUCAGACUCACACAGAAAAAAAAAUGGUAAAAUGUCUGAUGAUGGGGAAAUAUCAAGUCGAGCUGGUUGAAAAUUGAGAGACAAAAUGUUUUUUCUUCGGAAAAUACCAUUUCAUCAAUAUCUGAACUUUCCAUGGGAGUGUGUCGAUUUCAGCAAAACUUAGUUUAGAAAAAAAAUUAAACAAAGCAUUUCAUUAAUGUUGAAAUGCCCCUUUUGAUACUUACGGAACAAAAAUUUUGAUUUUUUGUUUCAAAAUGACCUUUGUUUAACAUUUUAUUGUAUAUAAUAUAAUAAAAG